CCGGCGGCAAGCCGUGCGCCGCAACUACAGUUCGCAACAUGAUCGCUCUCGUGACGCAAUCGCCAACGCCUGCUCCGCUAAUUCUAGUGCCGCAGCAGCAGCAGCAGCAGCAACGUGCAGUAGCAUCAACGACAGGCGACGAAGCUCGACGCCGACGCCGCCGCAGGGACGAUGCGUUCCCCGUUGAGGAGUUCGUGGAGGCCGUGCAGCAGCACCGCUUCCUUUAUGACCGCAACGAGCCGGACUUCAAGAACGUCGCCAUGAAAGAGGCCAUGUGGGAAGCCAUCGGUCAGCAGUUCGGACUAUCCGGCAACAAGGCGAUGAGCAAGUGGCGCAACAUGCGUGACAAGUACUUCAAGGUGCGCAAGCAGGAGCUGCUCAAUCGGCGCCUCUGCACGCCACGCUUCCGGAGGCCAGUCAAGAUGUGGCCUUUCUACCACAUGAUGCGCCAGGUGUUUGAAAGGAAGCACACCCCGCCAGAAGACUUGCAAUCGGAAGCAGCUGGAGGCCAUGGUGACAUAGUAGCCGAGCCGGAAUUUGAUUCCACCUGGAUUAUGGACAGCAACGUUGAGGACUCCGAGUUGGCUUCCAUCCCAUCCUUGAACACAGACAACAGGACAUUGGUGUCGGUGAAGCAAGAGCCUCUGGAUGGAAUGGGUGACGAACACGCAGGAGCCAGCCUGGCCUCUGGUGGCGAGGACGAUCCAGACGUGGACACCGAUCAUGAAGACUUGGAGACGCUGGCAUCACUACAGAGCAGCAUAACGAUGGCCAGGGCACUUUUCCACAAGCGGUGCAAGGACUUCAAGGAUGCUGUUGAGUCAUUCGAGCAACAUCCAGCUUCCACUGACCAUCCAAGUGAAGCCAGUAACACCUUUCGGCGUGAUGCACGCACACAGACGGCAGCACCACUGCCUGUGACAGCCGAAGAUGGGCUUGAACACUUUGGCCUCUUUGUGGCCCAGAGACUGCGCAUGGUGGAUACAGCGGUGCAAGCACGUCUCAUGUCAUCCAUUCUAAAGCUAGUUGUCGAAGUGCCAUGUGGCCUUACAGAAUGAUUUCGAAACAAUGCUCCGAGUGUUGCUGUUCCAAAUGC